UUAAAAUUUUUUGUAAGCAAAAUGCAUCAGUUUAUACAAUCAAGUUUUUAAAAAUUUAAUGUUUGAAGUAACUUAAUCACAGGGCAACCCCCAACUGGUACUUUCCAGUCUCCCCUCAGUUAAAAAACUCUUUUUCUCUUGUCGUCUUGCCAUGUUUCCUAUCUAUUUUUCGAAACAAAUUUUCGAAAAAUGGGCUAGGAAGAGUCACAUUUCCUGCCAGUGAUAAGUUGAUAGACCUCCAGUAAUAACCUGCCUUCUUCAAUCGAAAAGUUUUCACCUAGACGCGAGGACGUCAAAAAUUAAAGACAAACUAUCAGUAAAAAGGCGUCGCCAUACAUUUUCCGUUCGAAUUUUCAUCGCCCGGCUUGACACAGGCGGUCGUCAAGCAAUAUUUGCAUAACACAAGAUAUCAGGUCUAACAGUUGCGCUCUGAUUGGUCAAAAGAACAAUAGAAUCGUUGCGUUUGACAGACCACAAGACGUGAUGGUGUCUUUAUACAAAAGACAGCGAGUGGUUUCAAUAGCCUUCUCAAAACACCGCUUCAACAAGUUUUUAUGGAUGGAAAUACGCAAAAGUUUUUCCCUCAAUUGAAGUGUGCGUCUUCGAAGGUCUGCAUAACAAUCGACAAAUUUAACAUGAACAUGGAAGAGAAAACUGUAUCAAUGGAAGUUGAAAACAAUAGCAGAGACGAAAAAGAAAUCCCAAAAGGUUCUUCUAAGGAAGGCUCCUCUAUGGAAACGAAUGAAGUCACGUCGACUAGGGAUGACGACAUUGAUAAACAAGAAAUUGAAAUGGAGGAAUUAAACAGAGACAUUCAUAUCGAAAAAUUAUCGUCGAGUCCAGGAAACGAGUCGAAGCAGAGUAGCCUCGAAUCACGUGACGAGGACACCACUCCUAUUGCCGAUGAAAUGAAAAAUCGCAGCAAAGGUACGGAGCCUGGAGAAUCAAUAGCACGAAGCAACAGCAACAACUCUAUCAGUCCCACUAGCAGCAGUUUAGACUCUAGCCAAACACCGGACGUAAUGAUGCUCGACAACGAAGUAAAGAAACCCAAAAAGAAGAAAGGCUCGAAAAGGAAGAAAAAACCAGACGAAAUGCUGCAAUGUAUAAUUUGCGGUCGAACAGGGUUAAGUUCGGAGUUUUGCGCGUCGGGCCGAUUUUGCAGUCAGAGGUGCGUAGGAGCAUACGCAAGCAAAUGCAGAGCUGAUACACUGGCCGCAGCGGCUGCCGGAGGAGAGGUUUUGGAGCAAAAGAAACGGAGACGUCAUAAGAAAGAUGGCGGCAAGAAGGGAGGGAAAGGAAUGAAGCGUAAAAACUAUUUGUUUGAAAAGGAAUUUCAUGGCAUAUCAUCUCCAAUGCUGCCUUUGAUAGGCCCCGAAGAUGUCAAAAACAAAAAGGCCAAGCUUUCUCUUACGGAUGAUGCACAUUUCUUUUACAGUGCAGUUGGCAAAGAAAAACCAUUUGAAUGGGAACUGUACUUAUCAAUUAUUGGAAAGCAAGGUGUUCCUGCUGAGGUCUUUAAAGAGGAAAAUCCAGAUUUCGAAGUUUUCCCUGCGCCUGCUACCGAGUUUAAACCCGGGAUGAAACUUGAGGCUGUGGACCCGAGGCAUCCAUCAUGCAUCUGUGUUGUUAGCGUUGUAGAGACACAAGGGGCAAGAUUAAGGCUCCAUUUUGAUGGCUGGUCAGAAAGCUAUGAUUUCUGGACUAAUUCGGACUCACACCUGCUAUUCCCUGUUGGUUUUUGUGCAAGUAACGGACAAAAACUGAAUCUUCCACGAGGAUAUCAAAACAGCAAAUUCAACUGGGAGACUUACCUUGAAGUAACACGAUCUGAGGCUGCCCCUGCACAUUUAUUUAAAAAGAUUCCACCCACCACUCAUGGUUUUACUACCAAAAUGAAACUUGAAGCUGUGGACAAGAAGAACCCAGAUCUGACAUGUGUUGCGUCUGUCACAAAUGUCAUUGGUGACUAUUUUCUUGUCCACUUCGAUGAGUGGGAUGACACAUACGACUAUUGGUGUCGUGAGACCUGUCCCUACUUGCAUCCAGUUGGAUGGUGUAGAGAGAUCGGCAUAAGAUUAACUCCCCCUCAAGAUGAUCAAGUUGACACGUUUAAAUGGGAUGAGUAUCUGGAACAAACAAACUCAAUUGCUGUUCCUCCUCAUCUACUCAAAAAGAGAGCUGCAACAAACUUCAAAGUCAGUCAGAAAUUAGAAAUUGUUGAUCCAAGGAAUCCGUCGUUAGUGAGAGUGGGCACGAUUACAUAUAUUGAGGAUUUCCAGCUUAAGAUUCACUUCGAUGGAUGGGAUAACAUGUAUGAUUAUUGGUUUGACUCCGAGUCAAAUGAUCUGCAUCCGGUUGGAUGGUGCGAAAAAACGGGGCAUGCCUUGGAACCUCCACCGUCCUUCCUUGAUGCCCAAGACACAACCCUCUGCCCUACCCCUGGUUGUCGUGGGAUUGGUCACGUGAAAGGUGCCAAGUACACAACCCAUCACAGCAUAUUUGGUUGCCCCUACUCGCCAACUAACGUCACCAGGGGAUCACCCCUUGUCGAUCGCCUGGCAAACAAUUCAAUGGGAGAGGAGCCCUCAAUCUCAAGUCGAGUUUACAACAGCAGAGUUCCGAAAAAUGGGGAAGAGACAUACCCAGAUUCAACAACUAAAGCAGACUUGAUCAAGCAACAAAAACUUUUGAAAGGAAUUGUUGGAAGACCUGCAAAGAAACCGUCAGAAAAGCAGUCUCCAAAAGCACCUAAGUUCUUCACGAAAAAUCAAACAAAGCUGGCAUUAAAGGAAAAGUCCAAAAUAAACAAAAAGGGAUUUUACUUGCAACAAGAAGGUAACGGGCUUUCAUCGCAGCCCGACAAUAUGGUCUCAAGCACGUCAACUCCCAACAAACCACAGACAAAAACAAACAUGCCAAUUAUUAAAGUUAUGAACAAAACUCAAAAUAAGCUAAAAUUUGAGUCGAGUCAGAUAAAAAGCUGGACAGUAAGAGAUGUGGCAGAAUUUAUUAGAUCGAUUGGACUUGUUGAGCAUGCUAUGCAUUUCGAAGAACAGCAAAUUGAUGGAGAGGCUCUGUUGCUUCUCAGCCAAGCCGAUAUGAUACAUCAUCUCAAGAUAAAACUCGGACCGGCGUUGAAGAUUGCAAAUGCAAUAACUAAAGCAGCGUAGGCUCUGCGUGUGGAUCAUUUGACGUGGCCUGUGAGUGUAAUACAUGACGCAAUGAGUUUUAAGUGUGAUCACUGUCAAGGUUGUUAAUAUUUUAAUGUACGGAAACUUUCCAUAGCUCCAUGUAAAAUAUAUAAUAUAAAAGUUGAAAGCGUUGUUUACGAAUUUAGAAAUAAUGUUUGAGAAUAUGAAUUUGGUAAUGUUUCUCAUUUUCGAAAGAUAUAUGUCAAAAUUGCAACGUUGGAUCGAAUACAAUUUUCGAAUGUGUCUUCAAGCAGAGUCGAUAGCCAAGGAAAAGUUUCACAGUGCGAGAGCAAUGGAGCAUUAACUGGAAGGUUGAAAUUGCCUCGAACUCUACCCCACUGCCACAACAGAGGAGCUGGGUUAGAAGAGUGUACCAAGCUUCGCCUUUGCACUUAAUAUUGACCUAACACUGAUCAUCCUUUCCUAGAAAAAAGUUUUGCCCAGAAACCCCAGAUUGUAAUGUGUUAGUAAAUUAUUUCAAUAAAAAACCGGUUUGUUGUAUAUUUAGUAUUAAAGAGUGAAUUUAAAGAAUAGUUUUUUAAUGAAAGUAUGCAAUAGUUAAUAUUUUCUUUUUGCUUCUGAUCUGAUGACUAAACACGCCUGACCAUGCUUUCCCUUUAAUCCCGCAAAUUUUUAAUUUUUUGGAUGUUUCAAAGUCAUUUCUAUCAGUAAUAGCUGGUUUAAAAAACCAGGGUUUAUAGAAAAUAGAACGAUUGGCUUGCAAAGGGGGGGGGGGGGGUGUAAAUGCAGUAUCGAAAAAUACGGUGCCAAAAAUGUUGGUGAAUUAAUAUUCGGUAGCAAGAAAAAAAUAUGUGAACGAGGAAUUACUUAUGCAGUCAUGAAGUUACAAACAAAUGUACAUUUGCAAUGCCAAUCCCAUCAAUGGAACAGAAGAGUAUUUCUAACGCAGAAUCUAGAACUGUUCCAGUCCUUGAAAAUUUCACAGCCGGGUGGAAACGAAAACUAAAAACGAAAUUAACAGCUGAUGUGAUUGAUCAUAUUCGUAGGAAGUUUUUGCGACUUUCCCAUUUUCUUUAACGCCUUCAGCUAGCGAUAUUUCUCAUAGCCGUUCUCAAUCAGAGGAUAAAAAGUACAGUUUCUGUGUGUGUUUAAAAUUGCAGUAUCAAAAUUUAAACUGCUAGAUUAUUAGAAAGAAAGGUGAAAUAAAUUAUGAAGAACCAAGGAUAGGUGCAGUCCAUAGAGAACUUUAAUGGGGUCCCUGUAAUGAGCUACGGAUCUUGCCUUUUUGAGCUUUGGAUCUUAUUUUUCAUAGCAAAAGAGAGCCAGUACUGAAAGUUAACCUCGAUACGUAAUCAUAGUUUAAAGAUAUGAAAAACUGUCUCGCCAAAGAAACUACACAAAUGGUGUAGCUAGAAAAGAAUCUUACACCCCAAUGUCUGAUUAUCAUCUUUUAAAGAGCAGCCACCUCGCCUUGCCUUGCCUUGCCUUGCCUUGCCUUGCCUCGCCUCGCCCCUUGGUUCAUUGUACAGUAGAGUACUGUAGCGUAGCGUUAUUUGGCCUGACCUGGAGCUUUUGUAAACGUAGAGUGCAGAACAUUUCAUAACAACGUCCGGCAGAUUUUAUGAGAAAAAGUUGAACAGCAUUGUGAUAUUAAUGUAAAAUAAAGCAAUUGAAGAGCAUCCAGAUGAUGUGGUCUACCAAAAUUAUUUUUGGAGAAUUGCUGGUGACUUUGUACAGACAUCUUUUAAAGGACAGUGGUACUGGAACGGAUAUUUUGAGUUUGCUUCUAAGGAUGGCUGUCGUAUGGCUAUAGACAGCCAAAGAGUAUCUUCCUUAUACACCCUUUUUAUGUCAGACCCAUAUUUGAUUUAACAAAAAUGCUACGAUGAUUCUCCUUGCUCAUCCAUAAAGCAUUUUGUGUACACUACUUUGUAGGAACAAUAUAUUUUUGCUACUGCUUUCUAUUUUGUUUCAAAAUUUGAGUCAUAAUUGCUCUUAUCAUUUCCAACAACAACAUCGUCAUCAUUGAACACAUUUGACACCAACUUCUCUUGAUGUAAUUUAUAUAAUGCGCAGGCUGUAACUUGUUUUGAAACAGUUUUCUGUUGCCUGAUAAUUUUUCUAUAGGUAUAUUUUCCUUUUUGCGUUAAAUAAUCUUAAGAUACAGUAAAACCCCGCAAACAAGAACAUAGGAAAAUAAGAACUUACAGACUGAUUUUGUGGAAAAUAACACCCACAGAUAAGAACCUAAAACAGACUGAUUUCUUUCCAUGUUCUUAUGAGAUUGUACAUCAUGUUAAAUAAAACACGAAAUUCUCAAAGCUUGAAAGUAUAGUUUUCAAGUCGUCAUUGUGGUUCGAUUAAUUGAUAUUCAGAGCCAUGUCAUUUUAUUUUCAUUUUUUCAUAUUGUGAUUGAAAUUGGUUUGUCCCCAACAAAAUACCAUAUCCUCUACAAUUUGAAAUUCAGUCAGGCCAUUCUUAAAUCUAGUUACUUGUGCAUCAUAGUUGUAAGUGUCCUUGCGAUAAGAGCCACACCCUGAACAUAUCAUGAGUAUCACAUUUAUAAGAACCUAGUCAGUCUGUUCUUUAGAAAAGUAGGUUCUUGUUUGCAGGGUUUUACUGUGCCUCCAUUUUUUUAUGGAGCUAUCUUUUUACACAUAACAUAUUGAAUGUUUUUGGAGGGUCUACAGGCAUUCAUUAUUAACAUUUUUUUUUCAUUGUUUCAAUUUGAAUCGAAUUUUUUCAACUUUACUUUUCUCUAUGACCUUUCAGAACAUAUUUCAUUUGCUUUAAUAUUUUCACUUUUCUUUCAUCUGUGUCUUGAGAAUAAUUUCUAGAUCAGAAGAAGAUUGCCUUUCUUCUGAUCUAGAAAGCAUUAUCAAUGCCGCAUUUGGUAUUGUUGUAAUCCCUGAUUCUAACAUUUUGUUAACCAUCCAGGAAGAAGAAUACCAACGGUCUACUUUGCCUACGCAAUAGGUACCAGGAUCUGAGCAUUUUACUGCUGAUGCCUUAUAAAAAAAUUUGACAUUGACAUUUACUAUUGCACAAUGAAAGACCUUUGAUGUUGCAGCUAUUGCAGCCCAACUCUGCCUUGAGAUGAAAUAUAAAAACAGAAGAAUUCAGUGAUCUAUUGCUUUUAUCACAUUUGAACAAGGACAAUUAAAAGUGUCUAUUUAAGCUUCUUCUUUGGCCUCAAGUUAUUGCAGUGUCCACACUUUCUUUUUCUGCAAUUUUUAGCUCUUGGGUGUAGCCUUGCAUAGCAUCUAGAAUUAAAUGAUAGGCAGAUGAAGAUAAUAUUUAAGACAGUGAUUUCUGGUUUUGCUUAAUAAGGAUUAAAUACAAUGGUUACCAUGGGUUCAAAAACAUACCCAGCAGCAACAUUAAUAACACAAAGAUGAACGGUGCUGAGAAAGUUCAAUUUAGAAUUAACUGAUGAUGCACCCUCAGUCUUUGUAAUAUGAGGCGUGCGAUCGCACGCGCAAAACAAAGAAUUUGCCACAAAAUUUUUUUAAAAUUGCUCAUCUCAAAGUAACUCAAAGUCGCCAAAGUCGGUUCUGUCGUUGUCCAAGGUGUUGUUAAAGUAUUCCGAUACGGGAUUUAACAACAGCGUCAAAAAAAUCACUUAAUAAGACAAGAUCGCUUAACAGUUCACCCAAAGGGGAUUAAUCUGCAAUCAACACCUGGUGCUUACUGUCAAAACCCGGCAAUUUAAAUUUUCGAUCCAAGAGAUGUUUUCACUGUUCGAUUGAUUUUUCUGUUCUUCGUUAAUCAUGGCAAAAGGGAACAAAGUCGAGCUGGCAACAUUCAUUGGUUGGGGAAAGAACGAAAUUAUCGGUUUCAAGUCGGAAAAGGAUUAUGUUACUUCGAUGAUGCUGAUGGAGUGUUUAGUACGAUGAAGUGGUUUGAUCAAAAGCAAUGGAACGGCAACAAGGAUUACGGGGUCCCAGAGGUCACUGCUUUUGCAGCUAUUUUCAAACCCCCCCUCCCCUCAGCGAGACAAAGUUUAACAUUUCGAAAGCUCUCAAGGAAUGGAAGUCAUUCAAAAAAUACGUACAAUAUAAUGCUUCUGGGAUUGAAGCAAGAAAGCUGUGGAAAAAUACGCUUUAUUGCAGGGCUGACGAGUACCUCAACCUGUGCAUUCUCGCAAAUAUAAUGGUUGCAAUAUCUGGCUCCAAUUCAUCGGUAGAGAGAGCAUUCAGUAUUCUCAGCAUAUUAUUGUCAGAUAGAAGAUUGCGAAUGUCACAUAGGGUUAUGGAGAUGAGACUUCGCAUCGCAGUCAAUGACAUUAUAUGGACUGACGAAGAAAGAGAGAAUAUUUUGAAAAGGGCAACGGAGAUCUAUCUUUCGAAAAGCAGAAAGCGAAAGCAGAAUAAGUGCAACAGUUUAUCGGAGAAACCGAAGCUAGAUAGGGAGGAGGAAGCUGAAGAAAGCUCUGAUGAUGAAAAAAGCUCUGAUGAAGAAGAAAGUGACGGUGCCUGUACUUAUUUUUAAAUUGUUUUAAACUUGUUUUUGUGCCCAAAGAAAGUGUGUUCAUUUCGACGUUUGUGUCAUUUCUCUACCCAUUCCUUCUCAUUUGAUUGUUAGCUCAACUCCAAAGGAAUACCGAUCUAACGGUAAGAUAUUUUUUAUGAAUAUCCGCUAAGAUAUUCAUUUUAUGAAUAUCUGCUAUGUUAAUGAUGCUACUGAAGUCAGUGAUGCUGCAUGGCAAUGUCUCGACGGAUGGUAGGGUCUAUGGGUAACAGAAUUUUUUUUCAAUCAAGAUUUCUUUAAGUCACUAAUUAAAUUUAACAUCUUUAAAAAAGAACAAGAACAGUUUCUCCGUCAAUUACCUUGGUUUCUAACACAAAAGGUCUCCUUAAAAGCAGCACCCAAUUCUUGACAACAGGGAUGAGAAAUAACCGAUAAAAAGCGGUUCGCAUCGCACGCCAUCGCACGCGCAAAGUAACCAAGGCGUGCGAAAUGCCGCACGCGGCCUAUUUUCAUAUUACAAAGACUGCACCCUCAAAUAAUAUUUUUAGAAGAUGUGAUGUGACAACUUAUAACUAAGUAAGUUAGAUUUCUUCUAUCAUUUUGCAUUGGUACGAGGAACUGUAAAAUUGAUGAACUACUUUCCAGGGUUUGAAAUCCUUUUACAUUAAAAAUCUGCUUGUUUUUAAAAUACAGAUAUCACCAGGCAUUGAAAACAUAUUUGCAAGGCAAUAAGAUAAGAAAACAGAGGUGUGAUUCUAAGCCAACAUGUAAUUAAAGUCAAGGACACAAAAGAAAAGUAUAAAUAGUGAAUAAAAUAAAUUGUUUUACAUACUUUCGGCAAAUCAUUUUUUCACAGUUGUAUUUUUGGGCAAGGAGACGCAAGCUAGGCUCAAUAACACCACCUCUCAGACGAAGCACAAGAUGGAGUGUUGACUCUUUUUGGAUGUUGUAAUCUGAGAGAGUCCUGCCAUCUUCAAGCUGU